AAGGAAGGAAGGAAGGCCGGCCGCACCGGCUAUGCGGGCCGCGCUGGUGGGGUACAGCAGCUCAGAGGAGGAAGAGGAUGAGGAUGGGGGACGCCGGGGCGGCGGCGCGCAGGGGCCUCCCCCGGCCAGCGCCGGCCGCCCCCGCCUGCCCGUCCCCGCCGGCCUGCCGGGCGAUCCGGAGCCGGAGGAGACCGUUAGCAACGACAGCUCCCUGCACGGCGGCCGCGUCCGCCGCUUCCCCCACGAGCGGGGCAGCUGGGCCACGCACGUCUACCUGCCCUACAGAGUCCAGGAGGAAUUCCUGGAGCUGCUGGAGCUGCUGGUCUCACGCGCUCGCACCUAUGUCGCCUCGCUGGCUGCCAUGGAGGAGUUCCACCUCAGCCUCUCGCAGUGCGUGGUGCUGCGCUACCACUGGAUAGACCCCUUCGUCCGCUCCCUCAAGGAGCGCCUGGCCCCCUUCCACAGGUUCUUCUGUGUGGCUGACCAAGUGAAGGUUUACACCAACGAGAACAAAACCAGCCACUUGCGCAAAUCUUUAGCUUCAGCGGUGAUUCUCUGCAAGCCGUUGGUCUCGGUGGUGGUGGGUGAACCUCAGGCUGGAGGAUUUCAUUCUUCUGGAGAGAAGAGAUCUGUUCACAACAUGACCCGAGGCAGGCCUGUCUGCUGGGCUUCGAUUUGUGCUGCAGUUUCCCAGCAGCUAAAAGGACCUUUAUUGGCUUGGAGGUCUCUGCUGGGCAUUUCCAGCUGUUGGAGCUGGUCUCGGAGGUGGACAGAGUUCUGGAGGAGUUUGACCUUCCCACAUUCUACAAGGACCCGUCGUUCCAUAUCAGCUUGGCCUGGUGCGUCGGGGACAUGUCUGGCAGGCUGGAAGGGCAGUGUCUGCGGGAGCUCCAGGACAUCGUGGAUGGGUUUGAGGAUGCGGCGCUCCUGCUGCGUGUCCAAUGGGACCAAGUCCGUUGCAAGUCGGGGAACAAGUACUUCUACUUCCCCUUGAGGUAGGGGCCAGCGGGGCUGUGCGUUUGAGAGCCUCAAAGACCCUGGCGUUGAACCAAGGACUGUUCUCCAGCACAGCCCCAAGUGGCUGUCACGCAUCUCCCACGCUCUUCUUGCCUGCUCAGCACCUCGGGGGUGUUUGUGGCCUCAAGUCGGGCUACUUCCAAGUUUGAGUUGCUGAAUGAAGAAAUGUGUGUUUGUAGCGGGUUUCGUUCUCGCUGCUGUAUGUGCUGCUGUCAGCACCGGCGGUUCCAGCCAUCCCACAGUGGCUAAUUUUGCUGAUUUUUAAAAAAAAAAAAAUAUUCUCUAUAAAAGCCAUAGAUGCCUUACGGGAAGGAGGAAGAAGGUAGCGUGGGAGGUUUUUGCUAAAGGGAAAGUGUCUCACGCGGUUGGAAGUAGCGCUGACCGAUUGUCGGGAGGCUGUGAGCAUGCUUUGAGUAGCAGGAUGCGAGGACACGGAGCUGGACUCUCACCAGAGCAUCUCCCAGCUGUAAGCCAGGACAAGUUCCUGAGUCAUGUUCUGCAUCCCUCUCGCACUGCUGCUGCCUCUAGAGAGAAAUUUCGCUAUCCGAUCCUUUUGCCAAACAGCAAAAGAUGAAAUCUGGAGGAGAGAGGUUGUAAACCCCUUGCGUUUCAGUGCUUUGGGCUGGCUCUAAAAGAAGAGCUUUGGUUUAAGAUUGUGCGUGCCGUGAGCCCAGGACAUUUUUGGUGGGCUGCUGCUCCCGAGGAGCUCACUGCCGUGCGUGGGCAAGCCCAAGAGAGGGCACUGUCAGCGUUUUCCUGAGCUGGAAGGGCCAUGCCCACGGGUGAGUCAAGGUGCCGCAGCUCCUGCCCGGGCUCCGAGCUUCUUCCCCAUGGGAACAGCACCCCGGGUGCUGUGAUGACCCUGGGGACUGUUGGCUGGAUGUCGGCCCUCUGGAGAAGCUCCAUUUUAAUCCUUUUGUUCCUGACGGGAGGGUGGCAGCAGCAUCUCGAGUAUUCGGAGCAGGAUGCCGAUGUGCUGCCCUGAAUCUUUCAUUCUGUGCCUGUCUGAUGAAAGACUUCAGGACUUCUGAGCAGUAAAAAUCUUGUUUCCUCGUGUCAUAAAAUUGUGUCUGUGGUAUACUUCAAGCGUUCCCUUUCAGACGUGCCCAGCUCCCGCAGACUUUGGAUGAGGCCAUGCCUUGCAGAUGCUUCUUGUGAGCUUGGUGCUGCCUUUCCCUGCACACGGGAAAGCCCCGGGAGCGUCGUGGCUGUGGGAGCGUCUCUGGCCCAGGCCGUGGGGUCUGCCAACGCCUGUGCCAGAGCCGGCUUUCAAAAUCCUUAACAAAAUUCUGUUAAGCCUGUAGCCGGUUGGUUCCUGGGAUGGGGAUCUGCGUGAUAAGGCGUGUGAUUACACCCCCGGGUUUUCUUUUGGUGGAGGAAAAGCAAACAAAGAUGGAUAUAUUUAGCCCCUGGGGACUUCCAGUGAAACUGGCUCUGGCACGACCGGUUUCUCUGUGGUCCGAGUCCAGCAGUGCCAGGUUAAUGCUCAACUGGUGGCUGCGCUCUUUCCCCGGCGGGGCCCAGCCUGGCCCACGGCCCAGCCUUGUACCUCCG